GUUUCUCUUCUUUAUUGUCAUGCCUCUCAUCAUAACCCUUUCCAAACCCGUGAACGCGUCUCGGUAUACGACUUUGUUGAAUACCUUGAGCAAGCCGGAACUGAGAAGCUAGAUGUCUAUGAUUAUACUAUCGAUGAUCCUAAUCAGCGAACAAAGGCAAUGGCUAUUCAUGAUGUAAUAGCAUAUUUCAAAAAACCAGCAGACCAACGUACCGCACUAAACUUUUUGGAUAUUGAAAAUCGCCGUGGAGACUACUGUCCGACACCUAUCAUUCUCCAUAGUCUUUUGUCCUCGCUUUCACAACUGAGCUCAGCGACCCAUAAUGACAGAGGCAUGGCAAAGACCAAUUCGACCUGGACUAAACAACUACGCGAAUUCUUUUUACUAUCUAGUAAAAAUGCGAUAUCGCAAAUCCAUGCUGAUACUGCUGGAUAGUUAACAUAUAUCAUGAUUCUCCAUGGGCGGAAAAUUUGGUAUUUUCCUCGACAUGAAUAUGAAAGCGGAUGGGUUAUGCCACCGGGUCUUCCACACGCCGUUUUUACUCCAGACGAUACACUGGCUGUAGGGGGCAAUUUCUAUACUGCACCCCUGUUUGGAUCUAGUCUUUGGAGUGUCUGGCAUCAAGAAUAACACCCUGCAACCUUCAGUAACGAGGAUCUCAGUAAACAAGAUUAUAUCAAUCUCUCUAUGAUUAUUGAUCAUGCUACAGACCUGAUGAUAGGUCCCCAAGUGGCGAGUAUAGCAGUAAAAUACGCACUCUGG